AUGGGACCCGACGUCGACUUAUCCGGUGAGGCAGGCGGCCGUGAGCCAGACGCAACCCAUGAGAUGGAGAUGGAUAUGUGGAGAAUGGAAGCAAUGGAGCCAGCUGGAGAGCCGAAAUCGAGCGUGUUUGUGAAGGUGGUCAAGAUGGGCCAGGGAGGAAGUGAUGUGGAAAGGAAGGAAGGAGACGGGAAGAAGAAGAUGGGUCCAGGUCCAGACAAGCGGAAGGCAAAAUGGUCCAGGUCCAUGUCCAUGUCCAGGACCAGCAACCACAGCAGAGUAAAGCAAAGCAAAGCAAAGCAAAAGCACCACGCACCGACGAACCUGCACCUGAUCCGUCUUUACCUCAUCCACUUGCCUACCGAUAGAUUGGCCUACCUGCUCUUCCCACCUUAA